UCAAUGAACAUGACUUCUGGAGUCAAGGUUGUCGGGCCAUCCUCCCUCCCGCCCUUUGGCGGUAUAAAUAACACCAACAGCUCAGCACAGAGGGCCAGAGAGCUGGGAAGACAUAGGAGCAGGUCCCCAACCAUGAGCGCCAGCCAACCAGGGGCCUGCCCGUGCCAGGGCGCUGCAGGCCACCCGACCAUUCUGUACACACUUCUGAGCCCCAGCCUCAGGCCCAGGCCCUCAGUGCCCCCAUCCCCAAGCCGCUGCCUGUGCCUGCAGCACCGGCCUGUCCGCCUGUGUGCCCCCCACCGCACCUGCCGGGAGGCCUUGGAUGUCCUGGCCAAAACAGUGGCCUUCCUCAGGAACCUGCCCUCCUUCUGCCAGCUCCCUCCGCAGGAUCAGCGGCGGCUGCUACAGGGCUGCUGGGGCUCUCUCUUUCUGCUUGGGUUGGCCCAAGACACAGUGACCUUUGAGGUGGCUGAAGCUCCAGUGCCCAGCAUACUCAAGAAGAUCCUGCUGGAGGAGCCCAGUAGCAGUGCUGGCUGGGGACAGCCACCCGACAGGCCCCAGCCCUCACUGGCUGCUGUGCAGUGGCUUCAGUGCUGCCUAGAGUCCUUCUGGAGUCUCAAGCUGGGCCCCAAAGAGUAUGCCUACCUGAAAGGAACCAUCCUCUUCAAUCCAGAUGUGCCAGGCCUUCAUGCCUCCUCCCACAUUGGGCACCUGCAGCAGGAGGCUCACUGGGCCCUGUGUGAAGUCCUGGAGCCCUGGUACCCAGCAGGCCAAGGCCGGUUGGCACGGGUCCUCCUCACGGCCUCCACUCUUAAGAGCAUUCCAUGCAGCCUUCUUGGGGACCUCUUCUUUCGCCCUAUCAUUGGAGAUGUAGACAUCACUGGACUCCUCGAGGACAUGCUUUUGCUGAGGUGACCUGCAGAAGCUUGCAGUGCUGAUUUGGCCUGGCUGACCCCAACAGGGAGUCAACGCUCCUGGAGAGGAAAGCCUGCUAGACAGCGCUCAGCCCCCUAGGAGGCUCACUCAGCCACACCCCAACUUGGACUUCCACAGUUUGCACACAGUACUCCAGCCAUCUGGUAGGCCCUCGGUGGUCCCCAGAGCCUCUGGGCCAAGAAUGCUGUCCCCUCUGGGGAU